CCGUAUAUAUAACACUACAUUCUCUUCAUAAACACAUAUCAUUUUCAUUCAUAUAAAUCAAACUCAAAAAUAGAGAGAAAUCAUAUAUAAUUCCCAAAAUAAAAAAAUGAUUGAGCUAAAUGAAAAUAAAAUUUCAAAGCCUCAUGUAGUUGUGGUACCAUACCCUAGCCAAGGUCACAUUAACCCACUUCUUCAAUUUGCUAAACGUUUAGCCUCUAAAGGAGUCAAAGCCACAUUAGCCACCACCAAACAAACCAUGGGCUCUAUAUCUUCCCUCCGAGAUGUAGCUGUCGAGGCGAUAUCGGACGGGUUUGAUGAUCAAGGCCCUCCUAAAGUUGGGUCCGAGGACGUUUUUCUCAACUCAUUUAAAUCAAAUGGUUCGAGUUCUCUUGCUCGUAUUAUUGAAUCCUAUCAAAACACGACGUUUCCUGUGACGUGUGUGGUGUACGACGCUUUUUUACCGUGGGCAUUGGAUGUGGCCAAGGAUUAUGGCUUACUUGGAGCCGCGUUUUUUACUAACGCGGCUGCAGUUUGCGCCAUUUUUUGUUGUGUGGGGAAUGGCUUAAUUGAGCUGCCUCUUAGGCCGGUCGAGGUCGGGUGUGCUUUACCUAAAAUGCCCUUGUUUAAGGGUAAUGAUUUGCCUACAUUUUUAAGGAAGCCUGAAAGUUACCCGGCUUACUUGGCUAUGAAGUUGAGACAAUUCUCAAAUGUUGACUUGGCUGAUUGGAUUUUUUGCAAUUCUUUCGAAGAUUUGGAGCUAGAGAUUACUGAAGGCAUAUUUGAGAAAUGGCCUGCGAAAUUAAUUGGACCGAUGGUUCCAUCAUCCUACUUAGAUGGAAGAAUAGAAGGAGACAUUGGAUACGGAGCGAGUUUGUGGAAACCCUUAAGCGAGAAGUGCAAAGAAUGGCUACAAAAUAAGCCAAAAAAAUCAGUAAUUUACAUCUCAUUUGGUAGCAUGGUUUCACUAACACAAGAACAAAUGGAGGAAAUUGCAUGGGCCUUAAAACAAUCCAACUAUUACUUCCUUUGGGUAGUUAGGGAUUCCCAAGCUAGUAAACUCCCUAAAGAAUUCCUAGAGGAUGUUGAAAUAACACAAAAAGGAAUGGUUGUUACGUGGUGCAACCAACUCGAGGUAUUGGCACAUGAAGCAACUGCGUGUUUUGUGACACAUUGUGGAUGGAACUCGACACUGGAGGGACUUAGCCUUGGGGUCCCGAUGGUGGGAGUCCCUCAAUGGAGUGAUCAAUUGCCUGACGCGAAGUUUAUUGAGGAGGUUUGGGGGGUGGGAGUGUGGGCAAAGGAGGAUGAUAAGGGAGUGGUAAGAAAGGAACAUCUUAGUGAAUGUUUGAAGGAAGUAAUGGAAGGAGAAAGGAGUGAAGAAAUAAGGGAAAAUGCUUUGAAAUGGAAGGAGUUGUCUAAGAAAGCAGUUAGUGAUGGUGGGAGCUCAGAUAAUCAUGUUGAAGAUUUUGUUGAACAUUUGAAAUGUACUAGUUUUAGUACCAAAAAACCAAAUGGUAGCUUAGUUAGCUAAGACUAAGGUCGAUCUUUUUAAGUAAUGAGUUAGUUUUUGGAGAUUAAUAUCUGUAUUUUAUGAUUUAAGUGUGAAAUAAAGUCUGCAUGAUAAAUUCUUUGGUGA